AUGAGGCCAAAAACACAACUCCCCUUUAACCUCAAGCUCCUCUUUAUCCUUGUCAUCCUCUCUCUCUUCCUACUCUUCAUUCUAAGAUCAAAUUUAUCAACUUCCUCCGACCAAAUCGAUUCGACCCCGACAACCCAAUCCACUAUGUUCUUCCCGAGAAAAUCCUCGACAAACCCUAACGCCCCAUCAACAACCCACCCUUCCGCGUGCAACAAGAUCCCGACUUCUUUGGCCCAAGCCAUCAUCCACUACUCGACCUCGACUAUAACCCCCCAACAAACGCUCGGCGAAAUAUCCGUCACGUCGAGGAUCCUCGAGCGGAAGUCCCCGUGCAACUUCCUCGUGUUCGGGCUGGGGCACGACAGCCUAAUGUGGCACUCGCUCAACCACGGGGGGCGGACGGUGUUCUUGGAGGAGGACGAGUCGUGGGUCGAGCAGGUUCGGAGGAGGUUCCCGAUGCUGGAAUCGCGCCACGUGGCGUACGAGACCCGGGUGAGUGAGGCGGACAGGCUCAUUGAGGCGGGUCGGGGGCCCGAGUGCGUGGCGGUGUCGGACCCUCGAUACUCGAUGUGCCAGCUGGCGCUCAAGGGACUGCCCGGGGAGGUGUACGAGACGGAGUGGGACGUGAUAAUGGUGGAUGCCCCCACGGGGUACUACGAGGAGGCGCCUGGGAGGAUGGGAGCCAUCUACACGGCCGGGAUGAUGGCAAGGAACUACCCGAGCCGCCGGGGGGGAAGUGGGACCCACGUGCUGGUGCACGACGUGAACCGGGAAGUGGAGGACAGGUUCUCAAGGGAGUUCCUGUGUGAGGGUUACAUGAAGAGGCAGGAGGGAAGGCUGAGGCACUUUGUGGUGCCAAGCCACAGGGAUGAUUUGGGCAAGCCUUUUUGUCCAUGA